UAAAAUCUGAGGAACAAGGAAGCAAAUCACACUGGUGUACAAUUAACUGACUGGGAUACAGAAUCCCUGCGGUAUUGCAUCCAGGGCAGCAAGUGCAAUGAGUAACCGAGGUGACUCAGGCACUCCGGCAGUGUGUUCUGAUUCCCAGGAAGCUGCUGUGCCUGUGGCCAGCAGGAAGCCAGAGCUCUUGAGCUGCCUGAUGACUGAAUAGCUUCUGCAGUGCUGCCCAGCAAAAGGAGGUUGCUGGAAGGGUUCAGUAGUCACAGCAAGUACCAAAUUGGAGGUACAACCCCCAAGCAAACAGACUGCUGUUGAGCCAGAACAUUUGUAAACAAACCACGAAUCACUAAGUUGUACAACAUUCAGAGCAGGUUUGGUCGAAUUUGCAAACUCUGGGUUUUGCCGCAAUUGUUCUGUUACGGACAGAAUUCAUCAGAGUGCUCCUGGUAAAGCUGUGAAACUACUGUGCUGGUGACUGUGGGCAGCCUGAUGCGUUUUUCUUUCUGUACAAUAUGAACAGCAGAUGCUUUCUUAUUCCAUGUGGUGCUGUGCAAACCAGUCAUCUGCAAGGGGGAAAAAAUUCAGCGUACUGCUCAGUUAUCCUCACUGUGAUUCAUCAGCUGCUGUACUCUGGGCAGGUCUGACUGCUGAUUGGACAUAGAACUGCUCAAGGUGUGUCUUUUGUCAAGAAGCUUUUGCAUUUUAAGAGCAUGCAGUAGACCAUGAUAACCUCCUGCUAUGGCUCUGGCUGUUCAAGCUGAGAAGCAGCUGUGGAGACUUUUCAACAGUGAAUGCUGGCUCAAUUUCAGCACUGAACUAAUACACUGCUUGUGCAGAAUCAUAGGCAUUGGGAAGGACUAGAUAAUGAAGUAUCUACCCAUUUCUAACUGGUUGACCCAGCUUGGUCUUGCAGAAUAUUGCACACUCUUUGAACAAUAUGCUGGUAUAGAGGACUUAUUCCAUCUUACAGAAGUUGAUCUUAGAAAACUGGGAAUUGAAAAUCAAGGCCACCGAACACACCUCAUUUCCAAUAUCCUGCUGCUUCAGAAGGUGAAACAAAAGAAAGAAUCAAAAAUGAUAGCCGCAGGAAAACUUUCAAGUAUUCCCAGAAACAGCCCAGUGAACCACCAGUUCUCAUUAGCUUCUUCCAUGGACCUUUUGACCACAAAACCUUCACCAAUUGAGCAUCGCUCAAACUCCUUCCAAGGCAUCUCGAUCCAUGGCACUCUCCCCAGGAAGAAGAAGGGGACAGUUCCCUCUAGGUCUUGUGAUAUGUUCAGCCACGUGGGAACGUUGCCUUACACCAGAGCACGGCAGCAGCUACCUUUUAUACAGGAUAUUAUAGAAGAGUACCCUCCAGAAAAUGGAAGGAGCAGCACACUCCAUGACAGAGAUCAGAAUAUUCUGGAUCCUAUGCUGGAAUAUGUUAAGUUUUCUAGGGAGAGGCAAGUUAUGGACAACAGCCCGGAAAAGCUGAAGAAGGAGUUAGAGGAGGAGCUGCAGCUGAGCAGUGAGGACUUGCGUAGCCAUGCCUGGUACCACGGACGUAUUCCUCGGCAGGUGGCAGAAGGCCUAGUUCAGAGAGAUGGAGAUUUUCUGAUUAGAGAUUCUCUCUCCAGUCCUGGGAACUUUGUUCUUACCUGUCAGUGGAAAAAUACCCCUCAACAUUUUAAAAUCAACAAAACAGUGCUGAGACUCAAUGAAGCCUACUGUCGUGUUCAGUAUCAGUUUGAACUGGAAAGUUUUGACACUGUCCCUGGCUUAGUUAGAUACUAUGUUGGGAAUCGCACACCGAUAUCAAAGCAGAGUGGAGCAAUUAUUUUUCAGCCUAUCAACAGGACUGUGCCUCUCAGGUGUCUAGAAGAAAAAUAUGGUGUAACUCCAGUCCAGCAAAAAGAACCAAUCACCCCUGAAGGAAAAACAGAAACUGCAAAGAGGCUGAGUCCUGCUAUAUCCAGCAUGCAGUCCCCGGAGCAGAGCAUACCCAGAGGAAAUCUUUGGAGAAACAAAGAAAAAAGUGGUAGCCAGCCAGCUAGUUUGGAUCAUGUUCUGGAGAAAAGAUUCCCUUUAAAGGCUCACCAGUCAGAGAGCUAUCUGCUAAUAGGUUCAAGACAUUCAUCUCGAUUACCUGAAGCAGACGCAAACUUCUGUCCAAGCUCACCUGCAUUUAGAACAGGCAGUGAGCCAUCUCUAAGCCCCACAGUUGUUCAGAAAGUCAUCUUAGAGUCUCAGCUAGGGGAAGCUCUUAGAGGAUCAGACAGUCAGCUCUGUCUAAAGCCUCCACCUAAACCCUGCAAAGCACCCCUGAUGAAACCCCCAGAUUCUCCUUUGACUUCCCACAGCUCUGAAGGACACUAUUGUGAACUAAACCCUGCCAGACAUCCGACAGCAGCAAAACAGCACUUGUGUCAGAAAAACAGCUAUGUGGAACAUCUGACACAACAGGAGAGGGCAACAUUCAGGAACUCUGAAACAAGCUAUUUGAUCCUUGAUGAUGAUCCUGCAAUGAGCCCUGCAGAUCCUUUAGAAACUUCAACUCAAAUGGCUGAAGAAGACAGCAUCUUUUCUGCACCUGUUUAUGAGACAGUGUCUAGUUUUAAACCGAAUGAUUUUGAAUCCAAACUACUUCCUCCUGAAAACAAGCCAUUGGAAACAUCCAUGUUAAGAAGAGUUAAGGAGCUUUUCACCAACAAUAACCCAAAGAUGAUUGCACAGCAUAUUCUUAGAAUGGACUGCAAGGUGGCAAGGAUAGUAGAAGUUUCUGAAGAGAUGAGGAGAAAUAUGGGAGGGAACUCUGGUCUUGAAUUGAUCACCUUGCCUUACGGACACCAGCUGCGCCUUGACCUGAUUGAGAGGCACAAUACCAUGGCAAUAGGAAUAGCUGUUGAUAUCUUGGGUUGCACAGGAAAUGUAGAAGAUCGAGCAGCAACAUUAAACAGGAUCAUCCAAGUUGCUGUGGAGUUGAAGGAGUCACUAGGAGAUUUAUAUGGAUUUUCUGCCAUUAUGAAAGCUCUGGAAAUGCCACAGGUCAGUAGAUUAGAACAAACCUGGACAGCUCUAAGACAUUGUUAUACCCAGACUGCCAUUAUGUAUGAAAAACAGCUGAAACCAUCUUGCAAAGCUUUGCAUGAAGGACAAGAUGAGUGGACUAGAACCAUCAGUGCUCCACAGAACAACAUCACAGUGCCACUGCUGAUGCCUCUUGUUACCCUGAUGGAGCGGCAGGCUGUUGUGUUUGAAGGCACGGAGCUGUGGGAAAGCAGUGACCAGAGUGGUGAGAUCAUGCUCAGGCACUUGGGCACGGCUCGCCUGCUGGCCCAGCACGCUGAGACGUUUUGCCUGACGGCAGAGCGGCUGCUGCAAGGUUUCCAGCCAGAUGAAGAGCUGAGUGAAAUCUUCAAGACAGAAUUUCAAAUGAGAUUGCUCUGGGGCAGCAAAGGAGCACAGGUUAAUCAAAGUGAAAGAUACGAGAAAUUCAACCGGAUCUUAACUGCACUUUCCCGAAAACUGGAACCUCCUCCAGUGAAGCUGGUGGAACAAUUAAGUAUAUAAGACUGGAAACACUACUUAAGUGAUAUACUUGAAAUAACCUUAGCAGUCUUCUGGCAAUUUGAUACUGCACAAACAUCUUGCAUUUCACAAGAUGUUUAGAACUUUUAACUGCACAAUGCACACUUGUUUUAAAACUACUGAUUGCUAAACAAAUUAUUUAUUUACUGUGUCACCAAGUCAUUUACUGAUCCCUUGAAACAGUUACAUUAUCCCUUUAUUUCCCCAAAACAUUGCCCAAAGUUGCAAUGUUUUAAUGAUGCCAAGGAGUAAGGGCAUUGGCAUCUUAAUAUUAUGAAGCAAAUAGUGUAAAUAAAAUGAUAGCUUAAUUAUCUGACAUGGCAGAAAAUUUGUUGUAUAAUAUUCCUUUAAUGAAUAUAAAAAACACUGUAGAUAGAAUUGUGAAUUGUAGCUUUAUGCAAAAUAAUUUGCAUAUUUUCAAAUCACAGAAACACUGCAAGCUGCAGAAAUGAUCCUUUAUCUGUAACCAGAAGGUUCAAACAUCACUGUGCCUGUGAAACUAGAAAAUUAAUUUUUGUAUGUUUUGGGACAACUUCCUGUUUUUUUUUUUUUAAGACAGCAUCUGUAGUACCUCAGCUUUUGCUGGGGCCUGCACAAUAGCUAUGCUGCCAGGAAUGAAUGAUGAAAUGGCAAAACCAAACAAUCCAGAUAAUUAAAAUGCUUUCAGACAUGAGUAAAUGUGGGUGUAUGUAUGUAUUAAACUUGCUUCAUUUACUGAGGUGAA